CAAACGACAAUAGAGACGAUGCCACUGGAUAGCGAUAACGAAAAAGCCAAAUAGACUUUUGAGCCACUGGCGCGCCGCGAUCCGUACGUCUGAUCAUUCGUCUAUGAGACUUAGCGCGUGGAUUCGGCAACUGGAAAAGCUGUUUAGGCCUUGAGUCUAACCGUCUUAUAGCCUGCAGUAAUCUUUUUCCUUACCCAUACUGUUCUAGUUCAGGAAAUGUACUCCAUUCAAUACCCUCACCCUCAUGUGCGGUGACGUCACGCCACCUGGCGGUAGCCCAAGAUAGAUUCUCACGACAGGCAUUUUAGGUCAGCAGUCGAAUGGGUUCUACUGAACGCCCGCCUACGAAACGGUUCACCCAAUUUGAUGAGUCGAGAAGCCAAAGUAGAGCAAGUUAGCUAGCAGCCGGACAAAGACGAUCUUAAUAGUAGCAGCGAACAACGCGAGCAAUAAAGAGGGAAUGCGUAUCUUUGACGAGGACAGAUUCCCAGACAACUAGAUAAAUGGUUGUCCCUCCUUAUCUCCAAUGUCGAGCAUUCAUUCCGCUGAAGUAAUAACGUUGAAAUCACACCGUUGCUACUGACGCUCUCGUGUUUCGUAGGUCUUGCCGCGCCGGCCUGCACGCAGAUAAACUGUCACCGCACGAAAGUAGUGCGAGAACGCCCGUUUUGUAGCUUCCGGUACUUUUUAUCGCUGCCGGUACCUUUCAUUAAAUGAAAAUGUGUAGCUCUCGCCCGAUUUAUGUUCCUGUGUGAUAAAUGCAUGGUACAGAAAAAAAUAAGCCUUUUCUGUGCAGUAUUGAAACAGCUAGUGAAAAGUGUUCAUUUGCUCUGUGUGUCUGAGUAUCUGUUCCAUCGAGAAACCUUUUCACAUUGUAAUGAAAUUCCGUCUUUCUCGAGUUAGCUGUGGCAGUCGUCGAGCGCAGGAGGAACCGAUAGAAAUGUUUUGAGUGCUACUCGUUUCAUUACCUUCAGCCAUCCGUGUCGAUUGUUGCGCGAUUAAUCCACUGCUGCAUCCGGUGACCCAACAACACUGUCAUACAAAAUCCACGGCUCAGUUAAUGGCCCGAUGUUGUGACGUUUCUACUAUGUCGGCUUUUGUUGUUGACGUCCCUCUACCAGACCAAAGGCUGGGCUGUCUCGAUGUUUGGGUUCGGCAAGCUGAAAGAAGAAAAGGUUAGCGAGCGUCAAACGGUAACGCGCCAAAUGCGACAGUGGCAAACGCUGCCAGUUUAUGUGAAUACCCAACAAUGUGGCUAUUUAAGCCCUCUGACGGCUCUGUAAUUGCCUCAUUCACGGUUCCGACCAGACCAGUGGGUGGUGAUACCGCAGAUUCAGCUGGAGAUGGUGAUCAGCACCGUUAACCUCGUCUUCGAUCUCUCCAAAUCCUCUCUCAUACAAAGACAACAAUAUCUCGGCACACCGUUCUCUGACUAUGUGUCAGAACGCGCGUUUAUGAAACGCAGAGAGGUCCUGUCGCUGAUCGCGAGCCUUGUGCAUAUUGUCCACCAAGCGAGCUCCCAAGCGUUCGCCGUCACCACAUUUAUAGGAACAAUAGACAGACGAACGGCGGUUAUAACGUUAAUGGCAAGGGCAGCAAGCGUAUAAUUGUGCUGUUCCGCAGACCUAUUGACUCUACAUAUUAUAAAUACAUCGCUAAGUCUAGCAACAGAAAUCAUGUUGUCUUUGGUACUGACUAUAAUAUUGUGCCGUGCUGCGUUAUUGCUAUGUGCGGCGCUCGUUGACACAGCAGAUGCCGCCGCCGCCGCCGCCGCUGCUGCGUCUGCUUCAACGAGUGGAGAGUGCUAACGGCUCCGAAACGGUUGUAAGGCUCGUCGGGUCGUCGAAUAGAGAUGAGCAGCCGCUGGCUUCACCAACUAUCGACAUCGAGCAGCAGCAACUGGCUCCUCUCGAUGAUGGAAGGUAACGGUGCUCUUGUGGCUGAUGCUGCCGCCGCCUUGCGUUAGCAGCAUUUAUUUCGAUUUCUGCGCUAUGUCUUCGCACCGCGCACCUUUUCUUUCUUGGGCGCCGCUGUGAGCUGCGCCUCCUUCUUUCCGAUGUCUCCUGCAGUGCAUAUGCUAGCAUAGCGGUUCCAGCCGUAUUAGCCAGCGCUUCUGCCCCUGCUGCGACCGUUGCUGCCACAGCCAGUUCAUGUACCUCAUCAUCGAACGGCGGCGGCGGCGGCGGCAGCAGGAGCAGCAACAACAACAACAAACAGUGAUACCUUCGACAACAUUAGCCUGUCGAUCGAGUGGAUCAGUGAAACGGGAGGAACGAUAACCGCCGAAAUAGGGAGGAAACGGAAUUCGUUGCGGCGCUGCAUAUGAUCCAAUCCCGUCGGUGCCAUGUAUCAUGCAAAAUAACAGAACUGCCGUUACUGGCGUACUAAUAAAUGUUUCUCUCGAUCGUUGAUGUUUCCGCGUCACGUUCGCCAGACAGCAGUAGUUACCAGUGACAAAAACACGGAACAAAGUAUUACUGGACAGAGUUGUCAAUCGACUGUGCUCUCGAAAGGGGAUGCUGUCAGAGUACGAGUGUUUGCUGUGUUAUUUAAUGUGUUAAUCAAAUCCCCCUUAACGGGGAUCGUGUUAGUGGUCGGGACGGAUAGUUCGACAAUAGGGAGUGCAUCCUCAUUUGGAUACCACGAGUGGAUCUUCAUAAAGACUGUCAUGUGUAGGAUGCACUGCACGUCUGCGACUGGAACCCAAUAACGGCUUAACCACCGGUAAUCGCAACGAAUGCAAUUUCUGAAUCGUAAGAAUAUGAUAUACUGUAUGACUAUAACCGAAGAGGUUCAUCCUCGUACAAGGGAAGUUAUGGAUUAUGCCUCGUAGUGUUGUGUGUACGGAGUUCUUCUUUCUUCAAUGUGCGCGCGUGCGUCUUUGUGCCGUUUCAGCAACGAGAUGGAGCGAAGGUUUGCAAAGUCGCAAACAACGAUGCGACGUUCAAAGUCGCUCUUAUUCGAUUAUCUGCACAUUGGCGCUCUCAUCGAAGAGCCUAAAACACAACAGGCCCGACGGCGGAAAUCAAUCAGCUCAAUGGUGCGCGAACGCCGCGACUUCAUUGACGAUUAUGACUAUGUUUACGAAUUCAACGUCUAUGAUAAUCUCGACAAAUGGAAGUCUGCCCGUCGUCAACGUGUACCAGAACGCCUCCUAAGCCGGGCCGAAGAAGCUAAACGCCUUAUGGAAGAAGAAGAAGCCCGUCAGAUUCGCAAAGUGAAAACUUUUUCCGAGAUGAUGCAGCAACGACAGAGUCGCCAGCAGGCUUCUCCUCACCUUGGGUAUAACCUAAGUUUUUUCAGCCAGGAGCAUAUAGCGAACCAUAAUGAAAAUAACGUCCACUUUGAUGAGGAAAAUAAAGAGAAUGGUCUUGCGGCGGGUCAUAAACGUCUAACAACGGCAGAUUCUGUGGAUAGCCAAUCGGAGGAUAAAUCAUCCGACGCCAACUCCGAAGAGCGCCUAGGUUCUGAAGGCUCUCAAGGCUCUGAAGAAAGGCUCGCGUCUCCGAUAAACCCGUGGAUAGCGGAUUCGGGAGUCGAUUCGCUUAGCGGAAGUGGAAGUGUAGUAAGUGCUGCCAAUUAUUCAGAAAGAGACCAAAUGAGGCCUGCUGCAUCUUCUGCGGCAACCAACGAGUUGGGCAGACAGUUGGUCACAUCUGCAGUGCAGCCUCGGCCGCCGUCCGCGCUUCCCGGGUCAGCUUUACCCAAAGAUGAAACCCCGUCAAAUUCCAAUGAGGUUAUCAUUCGCCUCUCCAUUAACCCAUCGUCUGACAUCUUCGGCUUUUCACUCACUCAGGACGGCCAAAAGGUCAUAGUCGAGUCCGUUGAUGAAGAUGGUGUGGCGGGCCUCGCAGGACUGAAACAGGGAGAUGAAGUUAUUUCACUUAAUGGAGUUCUAGCCGACUCUCCAGGGAGUGUGCCGUCGUCAAUGGAUCUUGCCCUGAUGACUGGGCAGCUCGAAAUGGUCAUUUACCGGGUCGAUACGCAAGCAGAAGAAAGCCCCGAGCAAGUUGAGCGCAGAACAAACUUUAAAAUGAAGCUGGCAAAAUUCUGUUCGGGGCAAGUUGGACAGAAUCAGAUCGAGGAUAACAGUGACAAGGUAAUUGCAGCGGCUGUGGCAAACGAAGUUAUCAUCGAACCAAAACUCGUAGAGAGACGAAAAUCGCAACUAUUUAUUCAGGCUUUACAGCUCGAGCAGGACGAAGAACGGGACAAGGAGCAGGAACCGACCAGACCGAUCCCCGUCGACGUACCGGUCGAAGAACAGUUAGUACUUAAACGGAAGAACUCACUUUCUAAGUCACUUGCUGAAACCGCGAUGGAGAAAAAGUCUCCUGUCGAAGAAAUCGAGCCACAAAUUAUCGAACGCAAAAAAGCUGAGUUCAUCCGUCAGGCGAGCUCCGAUAAUAUGGUAAGAAAAAUUGACGUCAUGUCUGAAAUCAGUGUCGAGCAACAUCUUGUUUUGCAACGCAAAGCUUCGAUUGAAAAUGCUUCACAACGAACAGACGAUAUCAGAGUUGUAGAGUUGCCUUCAGUAGCGGUGGCACAACUCAAAGCGUCGAUUGAAAACAGCGGUGGAAGUUUAUCGGGUGAGUCUCAACCAAGCAAAUCCAAGACGCCGUCUGUCGACAUCGAAACCACAUUGGAAGAGCGCAAAGCAAGCUUUUUCGAGCAUUCGGGAACGCGCGUCGAACGAACGACCGUUGAGCUGAAUAUCGAACCGAAACUAAUCGAACAACGGAAGGCCAACUUUCUUGGAAGUGCUGAAGCUGCGCAGAAGACCGAACGUAACCUUGACUUGGACAUCCAACCCAAGUUGAUCGAACAACGAAAGGCAAAUUUUCUUGAGAACGCAACCAAAAGAGGGAAAACGGUGCAGCAGAUUGACAUUGAACCGAAGACUGUUGAAAGAAAGCUGAUGGCACUGCAGAUUAACUCCGAUAUGGCUCCGGCGCAGUUCUUGUCAGACCAGCGCAAAGUUGAGUUAACCUUAAAUAGUAUGCAGUCGAAACCCAAAAUCGAGGUAGCCAUUGAGCCUGACCUAAUUCGCAAACGCAAGGAAGCUCUCUUCUGUUCGUCCUCGACGACGAACGAUAUUGAGAGACGACGCGCUAAGUUGGCUAACAUCGAAGCCGAAGUCUAUGGAACUCCGAUGCAAGAGGGGAAGCCUACAUGUGCACCCCCCGUAAACACUAUUCUUGUACCGGCAGGGGACAAAAAGCGUUCCGACGAGGAACACGUUCUGUUGGAUAUUAGACUGGGCUCCGAGGUCUAUCCUGUUCAAUCGCCAACCGACCAUUCGGAGAGUACGAUUAGUGAAGAAUCCCGAAGCGCCAGCUCAACAACAACGACAAUAACAGAGAUACAGCGAGAAGUGGGCAACGCCAUGCUAUCUUCAGUGGCUUCAAGCUCCCUGUUUUCGCCCGUCUCUGAGCGCAACGAGUCGCCGGCACACUUAUCUGACCUUUCGCCCGAUAGCGAAAGCGCGCCUGUUUCUAGACCCAACAAAACGAACAGAUCGGUACAUAUUGAGGUAGACUCAUCUCCGGAUAGUAAACUCAUCGACUUUAAUGAUACUGGCUCGCUUGGAACAUCAACCAAAUCUUCACCAAAAACAGAUCAGGGGAACAUGGUUGCUCGGUCACCAGAACAUGGGUUAGCUAACCCGCCUGCAGAUACGGUCAGUCCCCCUAAUCCUGAUCCAUUGCAUCGAAUUAAGGCCGCCGGUCAGACACUAUGGAACAAGGAAAAAGAAAAAGCCCGUGUUGCAUUGCAUACUGAUGACGCCAUUGCCAGAGACGGGGAUUCCCAAAUUGUUCAAAUUAAACAUGAUGCAGUCAUCUCAGGACAGUAUCCCCAGCAUAAUGCAGACGGCUGGAAAGAGUCAGGAGUCAGCUACACAAUGCCGGCGCAGGGUUCUGAUUCUGCGGUACGACGUGAUAUAGAAAGAGAUAACACGACCCAUCAAACACCGAUUCAGCACUUCAGCUCUCGCCAGCAACUGCAGGUCGAAGCAGAAGUUCAGGUGAAGAGUUCGCCUAUGCAGGAACCUUAUGAAAACGUCGAAAUGAUUGCUUCCGGUUCUGGUGAACAACUUUACCAGGUGUCUACAAGCAGUGCUGGUAAUUUCGAUGUGUACAACCAGUUGCCAUCUCAACCCCCAAAGGGCAUCAAGAAGGGACCCGCGCCUGCGCCUCCUACAAAUAUGACGCCUUACAACCCCACAGAAGAACUGUACGAAAAUGCGCCUCAGCUGAACCGCGCUCAGCACAUGUACCGCGGUCCAUAUUAUCAGCAGACGGCUGCCGGAAUGUCUGCCAGUGCAAGACAGAUGGUACAAAUGGCCACGACUGUCACGACAAGCCAGGCUAAUUUGCCGAAUACCCAGGCUAGUUUGCAGGGUAGCCAGGCGCGAUUUGGCCUAGCCCCUAUAGAUCAGGAGCAGAUGUAUGGGGAUUUGCGACGACCAGCAGUGCACGAAAGCCCGGGUUACAAUGACAUGUCAAUGAUCAGGCGUCGCGAGAAUCCCAUACUUCGGCAGGAAAGGAAAAGUUACCACGAGGGUACGGUCAAUUACCCAGGUUAUGACUACAUGCAGCAUUUGCAGCAGCAAAAGCAGUCGACCCCCUCCUCAGGGUAUCCAUGCACUGAAGACAUCUAUGAAAACACGCGCAAAUACGCAAAAUCCUGCGAGGAUAUUUACGCAAAUAGCAAUCAACUAGCCAGAACAGGUGCAACGACAAAUUCACAUCUCCUGGGGGGAAAGACAGGUGGCGAGUUACCACUGUCCGGUGCUAACGCCAGCGGCUAUGGCCAGGAGAUUUACGAAAAUGUCGAAACCUAUGCCAAGACGAGAGAUUAUCUGAACAAUCUACGAAAGCCCUCCGUGGCGGAAGACUUUUAUGAAGCACCAAGAGUGGCACACGAACAAGGAAGAAUUCUAUCGGCUUCUGUUAACAAACCAACUCUCGACGCCAUACAAAGGUCACGCAGUCAACCGUAUAUAGGAGGCGUAGGGCCCACGGCAGAGCCGAAGCUCAUAGUGCAACGGAAAAGUGCGGACAAUCUUCCGGACGAACCACGUCAGCUUACUGCUGAGCUCGGUGCGAAAAAAAAACCUCAACAGGAUAGCAAGUCCUUCAACGCUAACCACUGGCUAAUUCAGGAGGCGGAGCUGCGGCGACAACUAGAAGCCCAAAAUCUUGGCUACGCAGGCCAGAGUUCUUCUCAGCUAACGGGAUCGUUGCCCGUGUGCUAUGCAGGUCACGUUCCUGCAACAAGUGGUAGUGUCUCACAUGUCUCCAAUCACACAAACCAGUUACAAGUUACUUCGGCUUCAACGCCGGUGUUAAUGUCAAGCGUGCCUAUCAGUGGUCGUGCCGGCGUUGGUAAUAUGCCCCCGUUAUCGGAGGAGCUUGGAUCUGCUUCCACGAUGCCUGCACUGUCCGGUCCCCAGAGAAAAGCCGUCGCCCCACAGAACGGGCACUCGGUGGCAAACAUGGUAACGCCAGCAUCAAACGAUCCUGUUUCAGAGCUUGGGAUUUCUGGCAAGAAGAGAUGCUCACUCUGCUCGCAGGAACUUGGCCGUGGAGCAGCAAUGGUUAUUGAAUCCCUACAGCUUCAUUUUCACCUAGCUUGUUUCCGCUGCUGCGUGUGUCGCCAGCGUCUAGGAAAUGGGACCUGCGGAACGGACGUGCGGGUACGCAACUCGAAACUGCACUGCCAUAACUGCAAUUCGUACGAUGAAGCUGGCUUGAAAUAUAGCCGAGUGUAAUCGACAUCAACAGGAUGAUCGAAGCCUUCGGUACAAUGUCUUCACAACGAAGAAAACCAUUCUAAGCAGGUCGGCAGCACAAGUAAAUAACACAGCCAUCGACAACAUAUAUCUAUGGAAAAGGAUAUGUAUGCCCACCUGUUAGCUACGGGAGGCUUGUCAAUUGUACAGCGGCUGCGCCUAGCAAGUGAUGAAGAAUGCUAAUUGUGAAAGACAGUGCCUUGAAAACACGGCUCGUUAUCGUUUACCUUCUUUCUCCGUAUCGCAGGCCGGCGACAUGAUAUAGGCUCGAGUCUCGCCCGCUCUGAUUGAGGUUGACAGAUUGUCGACUAACGACUCUAACCAAUCGACACUUCAGCAUUUAACAUAAAUACUUUACCAUGUUUGUAUAAAAUACGUUUAGAACAUAUUACAGAUUUUAAAAUAAAAUCACUGUAUAAAACGCUAC